UUUAAAAAGGCAAAGCCGCAAGGCAGAAGGAGGCUGGGUUCCUGAAUCACCGACUGGAGGAGAGUUACCUACAAGAGCUUUCAUCCAGGAGCAUCCACACUGCAAUGAUACAGGAAUGAGGUGGCCCCUCCACAGGGCCCCUCUCCUGCCUGGACGGCUCUGCUGCUCUCCCCGUCCCCUGGAGAAGAACAACGCCAUGGGUCGGCCCCUGCUGCUGCCCCUACUGCCCCUGCUGCUGCCGCCAGCAUUUCUGCACCCUGGUGGCUCCACAGGAUCUGGUCCAAGCUACCCUUAUGGGGUCACUCAACCAAAACACCUCUCAGCCUCCAUGGGUGGCUCUGUGGAAAUCCCCUUCUCCUUCUAUUACCCCUGGGAGUUAACCACAGCUCCCGAUGUGAGAAUAUCCUGGAGACGGGGCCACUUCCACGGGCAGUUCUUCUACAGCACAAGGCCGCCUUCCAUUCACAAGGAUUAUGUGAACCGGGUCUUUCUGAACUGGACAGAGGGUCAGAAGAGCGGCUUCCUCAGGAUCUCGAACCUGCGGAAGGAGGACCAGUCUGUGUAUUUCUGCCGAGUCGAGCUGGACACACGGAGCUCAGGGAGGCAGCAGUGGCAGUCCAUCGAGGGGACCAAACUCUCCAUCACCCAGGCUGUCACGACCACCACCCAGAGGCCCAGCAGCAUGACUACCACCUGGAGGCUCAGUAGCACAACCACCACAACCGGCCUCAGGGUCACACAGGGCAAACGACGCUCAGACUCUUGGCACAUAAGUCUGGAGACUGCUGUGGGGGUGGCAGUGGCUGUCGCUGUGCUCGGAAUCAUGAUUUUGGGACUGAUCUGCCUCCUCAGGUGGAGGAGAAGGAAAGGUCAGCAGCAGACUAAAGCCACAACCCCAGCCAGGGAACCCUUCCAAAACACAGAGGAGCCAUAUGAGAAUAUCAGGAAUGAAGGACAAAAUACAGAUCCCAAGCUAAAUCCCAAGGAAAAACUACAAAUAUGUAUCUUUCUGCAAGCCUUUCCAGAUCGAUCUGCCUCAUUCCAGGAUGGCCAGCACUCCUGAAGGGACUUCUGCAGAACAAUCUGGACAAUCUCCUCAAAUUCUGCAUUGCUCAGCAAGCCCGAUUUAAAACUUUUAACAAGAAAGAAGAGGCGGGUGGAUCACUUUAAGUCAGGAGUUCCGGACCAGCCUGGCCAAUACGGUGAAACCCCAUCUCUACUAAAAAUACAAAAAAAUCAGCCGAGCACGGUGGCGCGUGCCUGUAAUCCCAGCAUUUUGGGAGGCCAACGUGGGCGGAUCACCUAAGGUCAGGAGUUCGAGACCAGCCUGGCCAACAUGGAGAAACCCCGUCUCUACUAAAAAUACAAAAUUAGCUGGGCAUAGUGGCGGGCGCCUGUAGUCCCAGCUCCUCGGGAGGCUGAGGCAGGGGAAUCGCUUGAACCCGGGAGGUGGGGGUUGCAGUGAGCCGAUAUUGCGCCACUGCACUCCAGCCUGGGCGACAGAGCGAGACUGUCUUAAAAAACAAAAAAAAGCCCCAAUCCCAAAUCCACCUGCAAUCCAAAGGGAAGAAGUUUUGCGGAGAAGUUCUUCCCAUUUGUGGGGGCGCUCCCAUUUUUCCUCUCUUCCCUCACCCCUUAUACUCUCUCAGGGAUAGCGGUUCAAGUCGGUGUCCCUGAACCACACGUCCCCCUCUCUCUUCCCCGUCCCCUCCCUUCUUUCCUCCCACCAUGAGGGAAUCUCCCCUCCACCCUCACUCCCGCCGAGGCCCCGUGAUCCUUAUUCUCACUC